CUGUUAAAGUUUAUAGAUGUCAUAUCAGAAAAGACAUUGCGGUCAACCGUAUCAUUGACGGCUGCCCGUGGAAGAGGAAAGUCAGCAGCUCUUGGACUUGCAAUUGCAGGUGCUAUAGCCUUUGGCUAUUCAAAUAUCUUUGUUACAAGCCCCAGUCCAGAAAAUUUGAAAACUCUGUUCCAAUUCGUCCUCAAAGGAUUUGAUGCCUUAGACUAUCAGGAGCACAUGGAGUAUGAGCUGGUGCAGUCUACUAACCCUGAGUUCAACCGGGCUGUCAUUCGCAUCAACAUCUUUCGUGAACACCGCCAAACCAUUCAG